CUGUAAGUAAAAGGUGUCUUUAGUGGCAUGUCUGCAAGGAAACAAGACCGUAGAACAGGUUUCUCAUUACAGAGAGUACAUAUCGUAAUUUGCUUUCUGUUUGUAGUACACUAUAAAACCUCCAUUUGCAUGUUCCUGAACUUGACUUUUAUUUGAAGACUUGACAGGAAGUGCUGAUCAUUCCCAUCAUUCUGUGUCUGUCAGACUUAACUGGUACCGAGAGGAAGAGGAGGAGGAGGAGGAGGAGGAGGGAGAGCUGGAGAGUGCAUUGCUUGGUCUCAACACUCCUGGUUUGACUUGUCACGGGACCUUUCGGACAAACAAUGUAUAUCAGUCACACAAAAUAGUAACCAUUUAGCUUUAAAAAAAAAAAAAAAAGAGGAAAAAGACAACCGGGAGCAUUGAGGCGUCGCGACAGGAAAACUACGCAGGAUGGGCGAGCGGGCGGACACUGCGUUUAAAACCACUGGAUCCAAGUGGCUGCUGCCAGUCAGUGAAUACCUGGGCUUUCCUCUUGACCAGGUGAAUUUUUUGACAUGCCAACUGUUUGCCAUGGUUGCUGCCUUCUGGUUUCGUCUCUACCUCAGUCCUAGCCAUGCCAAUCCCCUGGUCAGGCACGCUGUGGCCACUCUCCUCGGCAUUACCUUUCUCAUCUUCUGCUUUGGAUGGUACUCAGCUCACAUCCUGACUGUGGUGGUUGUAAACUACUUAAUCAUCAUAAACGCUGAUAUAAACUAUGUACACAGGUAUUCCAUGGUGACGGCUAUGGGCUACCUGACAGUGUGCCAAGUGAGCAGAGUCUUCAUCUUUAACUAUGGAAUACUGUCCACUGACUUCUCUGGGCCCUUGAUGAUAGUAACCCAGAAGAUCACCACGUUGGCUUUCCAGCUCCAUGACGGUAUGUGUAAGAAGGAAGAAAAUCUGUCGCCGGAACAGAAGUUCAUGGCUAUAAACGUGAGGCCGUCUCUCAUUGAGUACCUGAGUUACAAUCUCAAUUUCCUGAGUGUCUUGGUGGGACCAUGCAGUAACUAUAAGGACUACAUAGACUUCAUAGAGGGCAGACACAUUAGCAGGAGGCUCAGGCAGCACUCUGGGACGUGUAAUGGGCAGAAUGGCUAUGAUAAGGCUCCAGACCUGUCACCUCUGAACGCUGUCUGUCAAAAGCUGCUGGUCUGCUGUGGCUGUAUGCUGUUCUUCCUCACUGUGACCCGGGCCUUGCCGAUAGCGUACAAUGUGGACCCCCACUUUGUCAGCCACGCCCCCUUCCUCACCAGGCUCACCUAUGCUUUCUUCUCCAUACAAGCAGCAAGGCCCAAAUUCUACUUCGCCUGGACAUUAGCUGAUGCUGUCAACAACGCUGCAGGUUAUGGUUUCUUAGGGAUAGAUGAAAAUGGAAAACCAUCCUGGGAUCUCAUCUGCAACCUCAACAUCUUGGGGAUUGAGACAGCAACCAGUUUCAAGACAUUCAUAGACAACUGGAAUAUUCGAACAGGAAUUUGGCUCAAAACCGUGUGUUAUGACCGAGCCCCCAGGCACCGGUUGGCCUUUACCUUUAUCCUGUCUGCCCUGUGGCACGGUGUUUAUCCAGGGUACUAUUUCACCUUCAUCACCGCCAUCCCUAUCACCAUGGCGGCACGAGCUGUACGGAAGUCUGUCCGCCACUGCUUCCUGGGCUCCAGAGGCUUGAAACUGAGUUACGACAUCUUAACUUGGGCAGCCACUCAACUGGCCAUCUGCUACACUGUCAUGCCCUUUCUACUUCUGGCAGUAGAACCCACUAUGACUUAUUACAGGUCCAUGUACUUCCACGUGCACAUCAUCAGCAUUCUGGCUGCGAUCGCCCUGCAUCGGAAACACAAACCCAAGGAACUCUCUGCCACCAGUAAAACAUUUUCCUCCGCCUCCUCCUCCCUCUCGUCUUCGUGCUCACCCCAGUGCCAGCCUGUUCACUCCAACAACAAUGACAAAGUAGAGUGAAAAUCCCCUCUUUACGCUUGUUUUUUUUUUUUUUUACCAGGCUCUCAGUCCAUGGUGUUCUCUCAAAGACAAAUGAAUAAUCCCUAAAAGGCAUUCAGCAACUAAAAAUGGGAAAACAUGUUAUUUAUUUUCAGGACAAUACAGAGUAUGGUACAGUUUGAUACAGGAUAUGGACCUAUUGCAUUGGAUGUACAUGGGAUAAGACUUUCUGCCAUAUUGCAAAAUCAAGACAAUACAAACAUAAGCUCAGCAGGCAGACUGGAAAGAGACACAUUAGCUGAGGCAACGUCUCUGGUGCCACCACUCCCGGGACGCUUGCCGCUUUCCUCCACAGGAAGGACACUCUCCUCCGCUUUCCCCCCUUUUCAUUCCCAUCUCAACCCCGACGUACCCACUCCAACAACAAUGCUACAGUGUGAGGACAGAAAGGAGGCACACUCUCUCUCCUGUCCUCUAUCUGCUCUGUCCUGCCGAAAUGGUGGGAUCUAAGCCAGCACAGCGGGAGAGCAGCGCAUAAACAGAGGGACACGCAGGGUCACAACACACACACACACACACACACACACGCACAAAAAGACACUAGGAGACAAAUUAUGCACAUACUUUCUCUUAGACACGCUCAUACUUUGUCACACUCUGAUGGCACACAAAGGCUGCCCUUGUGUGGCCACAACAAAAGAGCAUGGCAAGAGGAGGGAGAGCCCAUGUACCCGCUGCACCCACUGUGCCCAGAGGAUGCUAAAUAUAUAUAUAUAUAUAUAUAUACGUGUGUGUGUGUGUGUGUGUGUGUGUG